UAGGGUGAAUCGAAAAGGGGGGCACCCUCGAGAAAAGGGCGGGGCCCUGUACAAAAGGGGGCCCCAAGGAAACCAACCCCUGGGUGGAGUUAGCAACCCCCGUCUUUAUAUAUAUAUCUCGAGCGCUGCUUUGCCGGGGUGCAGAGGACGGUUUACCAUCGAACCGCGAGCAUCUCUGAGUUUCUUUAUUUUAAAAACCUUCCCGCGAAUCUUUCUCACCUUUGCCGUCCAUUCUCUCGUCGUUCGUCCUGGUUCGAACGAUAAGAUUGGAAAAGUAGAAGAGAAAUUAUAAGAAAAGUGACAUCGGAUGUGAGUCGGAGCAGAGAGUUCGUGCGGAACGACGGUUCAGUGGCUUCGGGAUCGUUUAGUGUUUCAAUUCGAGGAGUCGAAAUCGUAGGAUCUCGGGGAGGAGAACUCGAAAACUCUUGGAAAGUUUCGUGACUUCGGUCGUUUUACGUGUGAAUCGAACGGAUAAAUUAAACGGUAUGUCGCGAAGUUUCCUCGUGGACUCGUUGAUCGGGAACAACUCGCCACCCGCCUACCCUUUGCCGUAUUACGGCAAUCAGUUGCCCAGCUACAUGUUCAACUUCUUCAACCUUGGGUUGGGCUAUCAGCCGAUAAGGCCGGUGCCGAGGCCACCCGCGAUGCCCGUUCCGCUCCCGAUCAGCCCGCCCGCUUUGGGCAAUUUACGCCCGAUGCCUGGCCACAGCCCUCCAUCCCCUUUAAACACCUCUGCGAGCAGACUUUCCGACGUUUCAGCGGCAGGAGAAUCGCCGUCGCGCAACAGCACCCCGACGCCGCCCCCCAAGUCGCCCAAUUCCAUCAAUAACAGCUCGAAGAGGAUCCGAACCGCGUUCACCAGUACCCAAUUGUUGGAGCUGGAGCGGGAAUUCGCCUCGAACAUGUACCUGUCCCGGCUCAGGAGAAUAGAGAUAGCGACGAAUCUGAGAUUGUCGGAGAAGCAGGUGAAGAUAUGGUUCCAAAAUCGCAGGGUGAAGUACAAGAAGGAGGAUCUCCCCUCGGGCCAGAGCCAGAAAUGCUGUUGUCUUCGUACGUGCGGGAAGAGGAAGGAGGGUACGUGCGGUGACGAGUCGUCGAGUCGGAAAUGCGAGCAGGAGGACGAGAGGUCGAUCGCGAGGAACGCGAAGACGGACAAAAUGGACGCGAUUGGCAACGAGGAAACGUCGAGCGUCGAAAUGCCGGAUCGUUUCGACCGCUCUUUCCCGGACAACUCGAAACGAUUUCUACGGGAGACGGAGGAGGGAUUAAACGUCGCGGGGGUGAUCGGUUACGAGAGGGACGUUCACGGUUUGCCGAAGAGGAGGUUGGACGGCGACGGGGCCGAGGAGGAAACGGACGACAAAAAGAGGCGGGUCGAUGGGUCGCUUUAUCAAAACGCGAUUCGAGACACUUCUGUCGCGCCUGUGUUCAGGGGUAUAGGAUGCACCAAGCACACCGUGGAGAGGAUCGUUAAUUCGUAGAAAAUGAGAUCGGAACAAGGAUUCGCGUUGUAUCGUUCGUUAUUGUGUAUGCGAUCUACGUAAGUCUUGUAAAUAUUGUAUAUAAUAAUAUUUUUGUACGAUAGCAAGAGAAGAAAAACGCUGUAUACGAGGAAAAAAAUAAAAUGAUUGAAAUUGAUCAUUGAAAUUUA